AUGGCCGCCGCUACCAAUACCAUGGCCCUUUUGGGCCUCCUCUUGGCCUUUGGCGUGAUAACCCUGUACUUCAACAGCCAGCUCAGCAACAUGCACGAGCGCAUCAAUAAGGUCGAGCAGGAUUCGCGUGCUGAUAGCACGCAAGUGAUCGACACGGCUGCCUACAUUAGCAUGCUUCGCCGCGUCGACGCCCGUCUCCAUGCUCACCUCGUGGCGCCCAAGCCACAUGCCUUGCGAACGAACUGCAGUGUCAACCCUUCAUUGCAUUAUGAGGACACGGGCGAAACAAUUCCCGAAUGUCCUCCGGAGCGCGGCUAUCUGUUCAACCAGCCCACUACCACCCGUCUUUUCAGUGCCGCAUACAUGUUGAGCCUAGAGGGGCAUUGGGAGGACUACCGCGUGCGUCGAGAUACUUUCCGCAACCAGAGCGUGUACGUUCGCCGGUUCAUCGGUGUGCAGGGUUCAACCCGCUUUGCAAAUGACUACGUUCAGACGACAUCCAAGACAUCCAAAGAGCCGGUUCUGGGACGCAAGUUCAAAGGCAAGGUGCUCCUUCCUGGUGAGCCGGGCUAUUUGACGCCUGGCGAACAGGGCUACUUGGCGACCAUGCGCCAGCUGCUGGAGGAGGCGCUGAAUGACCCGCGCGUGACUUCAAUCCUGGUAUUUGAUGACGAUGCGCUGCUGCACUGCAAUUUUGCUGAAGAACUGCGAAAGCUGUUGUCAGAAGAGCGCUGUGGCGGCCUGGUCGAAGCAGAGAGCACGGGUGGUGUUUUGCUGCUUGGAUCGGCGCUGUGGAUCAACGGCACUUAUCCCGAACGCGGGCGCUGGACCGGCGGCUGGGCUCAGGUGGAUCACGACAUGGAGGUGAUCCGCCAGCGCACGGGUCGCUCGACUCAAUGCUUCAACGUGGACCGCAAGACCAUGGGCACGUUUGGUGUCAUUUAUCAUCGCCAAGUUUUUGCGCCGAUCAUCGAGUGGACCUUGCAAGCCGACGAGCCCUUUGACCAUCUUUGGCCGCACCUCACAAGCAUGGGAUUUCCCGUGCGCGCAGCUUAUCGAUCGUUGGUAGUGCAGGAUGUGCGGCACCAGUCCUCAGUUGACCCCAGUCGCAAGGGGCAGGAGGACUUUCUGGCUCGGGCUCAAAAGCAUCACUGGGACAUGACGCAGUACUGCGACCCCAACACUGAGCAGCCCGUCAUCCCGCCCAAGAAAGCCUAGACCCAAAUGGAACGGAGCGUCGCAAGUCCGCAAGCGCGCUCGCAUCCAAGCAGCCGUCGCCGUUGCGCACUCUACCUAUCAGCGGAGUUGGAUGCGCGUGCAUUUGAAAAGUGGGGGGCUAUCUUGGUGUGUGGCACAUGAUUUGCCUCUUCUUCUUUUUGAGGUCCUUUCCAACCCCCGUCCCGUGUGUCCUAUAUCAAUUAUCAACCAGAUCGAACGCGGCCUCUUUUCAAGCCGCCCUUCCCAUGACACAAAGCAUUUUCAUCCUGGCUUGGCUGGUACCCGCGCAUCCGUCAGAGACAGUGAAGCACCAGCCGUUCAAGCACAUCACAAAAUU